UUUUUCUGGCCAUCGAUACACACACAGACAAAGUGGCGGAAAUGACAACGACAACAAGUGGAUACCUACGAAACGAAUCCGAAUAAAAUUGUUUUCAUAUUGAAAAGAUUAAUUCCAAGUAUUUGUACUUACUUACAAAAUGUCUGAAAAUGUUAACAUUGAUCUCUCCGGAGAAAUUAAUGCUACUACAGAAAAGAAAGGGUUCCAAAAGUAUGUGAAUGAUAUGGAAUUGUUGCUUCAGCAUGUUCGUAGUGGAGCUGGUCCUGCCCUGCUCAUGGGAGUUCUUGCAUCACGGAGACCAUGGACCCAGUUUGUGGCCACUGACAACUUUAAGGUUCCUCCAUCAGUACCUCGAUUAUCCCGGCGAUUUUAUAGAAAUGUGGAAUACUUUCAAGCCAAUUACUUGAUGGUCUUUCUUGGAUUAUUUGCAUAUUGUUUGAUUACUUCACCUCUUCUCUUGAUUGCUAUGGUGGCCAGCUUUUUUGGCUACAGGAAACUUACAGCUGGUCCUAGUACUUGGAAGGUGAGAGUAGAUGAUCUACCCUAGAUUGGUGGAUGGGAGUUGAGUAAAACCCAACAGUAUGCAGUAGCAGCUGGAUGCUCCAUGGCAUUGUGUUGGUUAGCUGGUGCCGGCGCAGUACUUUUCUGGGUUUUAGGUGCCACAGUUACGGUAGUAGCUCUUCAUGCAAGCUUUUUUGAUGCAGAAGCUCUACCUCAGUCUGAGGACCCAGAGCAGUUCCCGAUGAUAGAGCAGGUGUGACACGGAGAAUUACCGCUAUUCUUACCCCAGCCUGGUCGCAACUCUCAGAUAUUCAAUUAAAUGGAAUCUAAUGGAAGUAGUAGACUAGUUAGACUGGGUACUUUAUUUGUAUUGGUAUUCUUAGUGGUGUGUGCACAUAUUUCACAUAACUUAUUUAGUUCAUCAAUUUUUAGAAAUUGAUUACUGGACACAAAACUUAAAAAAAGAUACAUUUUCAUAUUAUUGUAAUUUAUUUUAUCACGGUUAAUUAAAAUAUGAAGACUUGAAAAGAUGAGGCUUGUAUUUUAUUAUAAUGUAUUGGAAAUUAGCCCACAUUCAUAUUCAUAAGCUGAUAUGCUUCCUAAUAUGUUGAGAUUAGUAGUAUUUUAAAUAGGCGGGUCUUAGACGUUGCUGCUAUUCAAUAUGAAUAAUAAGUGCAAAUAUUUCUAUUUAAUUAACUUUAAAUAAUCAUCUACAUCAUCAAAGAUAUUACAUAUGUAACUUCCUUGUUUUGUAAUAUUUUACUAUAUGUGUAUCUGUAAAUAUUUUUCACUGUAUUUAUGUGUAAAUAAAACUUAAUAAUA